AUGUCAAAACCCGAACUCGACAGUGAUGGUUUUCAGAAAGUAAAAUCAAAACGAAUUUCAAAGAAUAAGCCUACAAAAAUACCAAGUAGAGACAUAGAAUUUGAUAAACUAGACGUAGAUAUAGACGUCGACAAGACCAUUCAACGGAUAUACUGCGCUGUAGACGAUUUGCGGCUUUCUAGCUACCUAGAGGACGUUAUAAAAUCCGUGAGUAGCAUUCUAAAGAGCAGAAAAGUUGUAGAAAUAGUUUGUUUAGGUCUUGGACACAUAGCAGAAUGUAAUAUUUCAAAACAUCAGUUAGCUCUCUUGCUGUGUCUAAAAGACCAUUGUAUUAAAAUGGCAUCAAUUUCUACAAAACCUGCUUUAGUAACACUACGGCAAUUGUUGUCGGAGUUACGUCAACAAGGUUCGUCAUCAAAGCUUGCAGAGAAUCAAAUGGUUCAGUACAUAUUCAGGGAAUACAGGAAAUAUCAGACUACAGACCAACAACUAUGCAAGGCAGCUGAUGAAAUGCAUUUCAGAGCUAAGUCUUACUAUGAUUAUCUCCACCACUCCAGAAGGUACAAAGAAAUCAAUGCUGAGUUCAAAGGAAAGGGAGAAAGGAGUGUUGAGGAAACCGCAAGGAUGGUCGGAUUCAAAAUGCCACAUGAACCGAAACCUUAA